AUGUCAUGUAUAUAUCAAAAGUAUAAAAUCUGCCUUCUUUUAAACGGAAGUAUUGGAAUUGAUAGUCGGAGCUAAAAGCUUGAUUGAGAAAAUACACAUCUAAAAAAAUUCGCACAUAUUCUUUAAAGUGACUUCGUCAACAGAUACUCUAGUACGUUGUGUCGUGCGUCACUAAUGAUUUACUUUUAUCAGAGAUCCUCUGUUUUUAUCCAUACUUGUAGCUCAAGAAACUAUUACGAAAAUUUGUGCAAAAUUAUAAAUUAUUCUUCAGAAUAAUUAUGAAUAUCGUCUGCCGUUUAUCACAUUACAAAGAAGCAAAUUACAGAUAUCACCACAGUAAUGUGCAAUUAAAAAUUACGUAAUUGAUGGAUGCUUCAUUGAGGACUUGCAAUAUGCAGCAAAGAUUAAUAAUUGUAAUACAACAAUGUCACAUGAGAAACAGGCGCAAGAAAGGAUUCAAGAAUUUGACAGGUUGAAGAGGGCAAGACAACUUCUUGAUGCUAUUUCUCUUACAAAUGAACUACUUGCAGAUGGUUUGGAUGUAGAAAUAUUAAGCCUUGCCAGUACAAUCAUCAAGAAAUUUAGAAUUUUAGGAGUAUUUAAUGCACCACUAGAGAAUUCUAGUGAAGAUGCAAGAAUAUCAAUGUUCAAACCAUAUCAUACUGGCACUUACCACUGCUGUACAUUCUGUUCAAGCGGUGGUAGACAAGAUGUAACUUGUGGAUGUGGAGGGACUAUGCCUGGUGGAUACAAUGGUUGUGGACAUGGUCACGUUGGGCAUCCUGGCGUGCAUCACUGGUCUUGCUGUGGAUCAAUCUUACGUUAUGGACAUUGUCUAAUUCUUCAGAAAUCAGUGCAUCAGUUGCUAUUCUAAUACAGAAAACACUUUCGAGGGAACGUGAUGCUUACCACGACUUCAUCUGAACAAGCAUCGCAAAGUACUUUAUUUGCGAAUUUCGAUUUGACGACGUUCAUCACCAGUCGAUGCUGA